AGCAUAGGCUCAAGUGCAGCUAAUCAUUUCCCAAAGUGAAAGGACCAACCGCAUCCAGAAACAGGGGAAACCUUCGGCGCCCAUCUUUAGGAGAAUCCAUAGCUACCAGCCACAGCCAUUGCCUAUUGCAGGUGUGACACUUUGUCUGCCCAGUUGAGUCUGGUUGAGCUUUGAGCCUCCCUCAUGCUGCUAUAAGGAAUUGGUUUUGAAGAAAUUUUCUGUAUUAUUGCUUUAAUUGGUAUAUUGAUCAUAACAUGGAAGGUACUGUGGUGAGAAGGGUGAUUCCCUCGGACAAUAGUUGCCUCUUUAACGCUGUUGGGUAUGUCAUGGAUCAUGACAAACAUAAAGCUCCCGAGUUGAGACAGGUUAUAGCUGCAACAGUGGCAAGUGAUCCCGGAAAAUAUUCUGAAGCAUUUCUUGGAAAGCCAAAUGAAGAGUAUUGUGCUUGGAUUCUUGACUCAGAGAAGUGGGGAGGUGCCAUUGAGCUUUCAAUAUUAGCUGAUUAUUAUGGGCGUGAAAUUGCAGCAUAUGAUAUCCAGACCUCACGAUGUGAUUUGUAUGGUCAGGAAAAGAGGUACUCUGAAAGGGUUAUGCUGAUUUAUGAUGGGCUCCAUUACGAUGCUUUAGCUAUGUCACCUUCUGAGGACGCCCCGGAGGAGUUUGAUCAGACUGUUUUUGUAGUACAGAAGGACAGGACCAUUGGUCCAGUUGAGGGUCUUGCUCUUAAUUUUGUAAGGGUGCAGCAAAGGAAAAGGAGUUACACUGAUACUGCCAACUUUACCUUGCGUUGUGGGGUAUGCCAAAUUGGAGUAAUUGGCCAGAAGGAGGCUGUGGAACAUGCACAAGCAACAGGCCAUGUCAACUUUCAAGAGUAUAGAUAACAAUAACUGUGAAAAACAAAGCCACAGUGAAGUCCCAUUUUGUAACUUCUUUGGACUUGGCUCAUUGAAUUGUUGUAUGGUCCAUUGAAUUAAGCUGAAAAAUCAAUAACUGGUUAUAUGUUCUUUGGGAAAUGCAACACCAAAUGAGAAGAUUAUCUUAUGUGUUUUUUUUUUUUUCCUUGGAAAAAUGUAAUGAGAUUGGAUAUUAGUCUCCCUGUUAUGCACUUGUAUUUUAUUUGGUUUACUUUUGCCUUAAUGGGACGGCUACUCCAAUUAAUGUCCUGUAAAGUGCAAUUGGUAUGAGCUGGGGUAGGAGCAUUCUAGUGUUGAGAAAUAAAUGAUGGUUGUAGUGCUAUGGUUGCAGCAGAGGCAUUUUCCUCAUUUGAUUA